GUUUAACCUGCACCGCAUAAUAUUAACUCAACCACCAUGUCAAGUCUUUUUAGCUCAAGAGUAGCUAAUGAAGACGACGACAAGUAUGACUUGGAUAACUUAUCGCCACGCCAAUCACAAUACUCCUCCACAUUCCGAACACAGACCCUUCAUUCACCGCCAGGCACCACUCACUCCUACACUUCCAAUUCAUAUGCAAGACCUCAUGCACGGCCGCACGAUAUAUUGACUGAGCACGAUAUAGAGCUACCAGAAUCCGAUGAAUCCGACGCUGAAGUCCCCCCUUCGCUCAUGAUCGAAAUGCCACAAGACGUCGAUGAAGAAGUGACGGAUCAGCGACCAUUGUUAAGUGAGAGACAAUGGGAAAAGUCACCCAUUCGCGAAACCGCACCUAGACCUCGGCCUUCGUCAAAUUUAGAUAACUUACGACAACGAAUACCAACUCCUCUCCAUUCAACUCGCUCCAAUAUGACUCCGCACGAUAGAACCAUGUGGCGAUGGGCCAAUAUUGCCAAUAUGGAUCACUUCUUUGAACGAGUGUAUUCAUACUAUCUUGGCAAAGGCUAUUAUUGCAUACUACUGGCUAAAAUCCUUAAUUUACUCACACUUGCUUUUACUAUCACAUUUUCGACCUUUCUUGUGGGUUGUGUCAAUUACUCUGAGAUUCCCAGUCACACAAAACUUUCAGAAGUCUUGGAACCACAAUGUCUUUCAAAGCUAUCCUUUCCCAAGGUCUUGUUCUUGCUCAUCUUUGUUGUUUGGUGGGUCUGGCAAGCUCUUCAAUUUUGGUGGGAUCUGCCGGCCCUGAAUGAGAUGCACAUGUUCUAUGUGCACUUACUGGAUGUAUCUGAUAAAGACAUGGCUACCAUAACAUGGCAAGAAAUUUUGGAGCGGAUCAUCAGUGUUCGAGAAAGUAAUCCUAACAUGGCCAGCACAGCUCCUAUCAAACUUGACGCCCAUGAUAUUGCCAACAGGAUAAUGAGAAAAGACAAUUAUCUUAUUGCCUUGUUCAAUAAGGACAUAUUGAAUAUCACUAUCCCGCUCCCCUAUCUUCGCAAUAUGCAUGUUUUUACUCGUGAUCUGGAAUGGAAUCUUUCAUUCUGUGUUCUGAGCUACGUCUUUGAUUCAAAUGGUCAAAUCAGGAAGCGAUUUUUAAAGGACAAAAAUAGGGCUGUUCUUGCUGAAGGCCUUCGUCGCAGAUUUAUCAUCAUGGGUUUUCUCAACCUCAUAUGUGCGCCAUUUAUCUUGGCGUACUUGUUAAUUUACUUUUUCUUCCGCUAUUUUGAAGAAUACCACAAGAAUCCAGGCGCAAUCGGUUCUCGUAACUACUCUCCUUUCGCUAAGUGGAAACUCCGGGAAUUUAAUGAGCUUCCUCAUCUGUUCAAACGACGUCUGAAUAGCUCUCAUAUAUCGGCAAACAAAUACCUCGACCAAUUUCCAAAAGACAAAACAGCACUCAUUGCUCGAUUUGUCGCAUUCAUAUCUGGAUCAUUUGCUGGCAUUUUAGCCAUCAUUACACUGUUCGAUUCCGAAGCAUUGCUGAACUUUGAGCUAACACCCAACGGAACCAUUCUUUUUUACAUCGGACUGUUCGGCGGUCUCUUUGCUGUAAGUAGAGGUUUGAUACCCGACGAUACUCUGGUGUUUGAACCAGAGCAGGAUAUCAGGAAAGUAAUCGAAAUCACACACUACUUUCCAAAUGAAUGGCGAGGUAAACUUCACACCGAUGAAGUUAAAGGCCAAUUCAGCCAGAUGUUCGACAUGAAGAUCACAUUGUUUUUGCAAGAAUUUUUAAGCAUUCUGUUUACGCCUCUGGUACUGUGGUAUUCACUGCCGCAAUGUAGCACUCAAAUCAUCGACUUCUUCAGAGAAUUCACUGUCCAUGUGGAUGGUCUAGGCUAUGUCUGCAGUUUUGCUUUAUUCGACUUUAGACGACAUGGCAACAUCAAGUAUGGUGCACCCGUGGCUGUUCAAGACGAACAUUACGUGAGCAAUAAUGGAAAAAUGGAAAAGAGCUUUUUGAAUUUCAAGGCGAACAAUCCAAGUUGGAUGCCUACCGAUCCUGCUGGCUCCAUGUAUCUUUCACGUAUGGCAGAAUAUAAAGAUCAUCGAGCUCACUCGAAGAUUGACGAAGAAAUGGAUGAUGACGAUGAAAGCCAACUUUCUCACUCUUCCAUUGUGAAUUCAAGAUACUCAUACGCUUCUCCCAAGUACGAUCAAUGGCGAACGAACAGACGAUUGAGUCCUGGUGCAGCUGUGCCUUCUUUCAUUCCUAACAGCUCGGCGCCCGACUCAUCGGAGCCAAAUUCGCCAUUCGAAAGAAGGUCAACGCACAGGCAACCAGCGGCAGACUCAUUCGAGCACGAUAUUCCUAGUGAGCUUGGUGAUUUUGCACCAGCUCGUAUGAUACACCCAGAUGAAUACCAAGACCAAAAUGAUGAAGACGAUGGAAGGAUUGACCCUGAUCAGGACAAUAAUGUGCUUGGAUUGUUAAACCAAAUAUACGAUCAUCGCCCUCAGAUAAAAUAAAAGGAGCGUUUGUGAGACGCGAGAAUCGCGCUUCCAAUUUUUAUUUUUUA